CGCGCAAGGACAACGAGGAAUGAAAGGAGAAACAGGCCAGCCAGGCAUGAACGGUGCUAAGGGACCAAAAGGAGACAAGGGAGAGCCGGGCGCUAAAGGUCCAGUAGGUCCACAGGGUCCUAAGGGAGAACCAGGAGCAAACGGAAGUGACGGCAAAUAUGGCGCUGACGGACCACAGGGAAAACAAGGAGAACGAGGAGAGAAGGGCGACAAGGGAGCUGCAGGCCAAGAUGGACAGAAAGGUGAAAGGGGAGCAAAGGGAGAAGCAGGAGACGACGGUCGUGACGGCAACGAUGGACAAGAUGGAGCCAAUGGUGCAAAAGGCGAUACUGGACCCAAAGGCAUGAUCGGACCCAAAGGACCUAAGGGAGACACGGGAGCAAGAGGUGAAAAAGGUGACCGCGGUCAGGAUGGUGAUAAGGGAGACCAAGGACCAGCAGGUGACCAGGGAGAUCAAGGAGAAACCGGAGCUCAGGGUGCAAUGGGAGAUAAGGGUGACAAGGGUGAGACCGGUGCCAUGGGUCAUCGCGGACGAAUUGGACCAAAGGGAGACAAGGGAGACCAAGGCCCUCAGGGAGAGAAGGGAAGCAAUGGACGUCGAGGUAACGAUGGACAAGAUGGAGAACAAGGAGACAAAGGUGACGCAGGUGCUGAUGGAGUGGACGGUGCUAAGGGUGCCAAGGGCGAGCAAGGCGAGCAAGGAUCCCGAGGUCCAAAGGGCCCAAUUGGACCUAAAGGACAUCAAGGAUUUCAAGGUCUCCCUGGCAUUCAAGGUCCCAGAGGUCCGACCGGUGCAGCUGGUGCUAAUGGAAGAAAAGGAGACAUGGGAAUGUCUGGACCAAGAGGUGAUACAGGUGAUAGUGGACCAAAAGGACAUCCAGGAGAUGCAGGACAGAGCAUCAAGGGACCCACUGGUCCUCCCGGCCCUCCAGGCCCACCUGGACCUCCAUUUGAUGCCAGUAAGCUAGAGGCCGCAAUUGAGGCUCUGAGGUUGCAUGUCCAGCAAGUGUUGAACAAGUAUGGCUACAAGUAUGCUUACUAAUAAGCGCAUUGUGACUCUAUGCAGAAAGAUGACACAUUUUGGGAUAGAAACAAUUGUAAUCACAUUGAGUGUUUAGAUGCAUGUGGCUAUAACAAGUUGAAUGGAUUGUAUAU